UUAUUUUGAUUAAUGGGAGAUUAUUUAACAUGAACGUGUUUAUUAAUAUCAAAAUCUGAUUGUUUUCUCAUUGUUAACAGUUUGCAUGAUAUAAAAAUACAUACAUUUAUGUAAAAAGACUAAUGUGAUGAUGACUUUUAGUUGUACAAAGCACAUAUACAACUGAUCGUUACUUCAUGCACAGGCUGCUCGUGCUUUUGUCCGAUUUGAUUUUAAUUAAUUGCAUUAAAAUUGCAAGAAGGUUUACCUGAAAGAGAUUCAUAAAAUAUAACGAGUAAAAACGAUUCAGAAGUAACCCACAGAGCCUGUUAUAUGAUGGCACAUUUUUUAACAUUUAAAGGGAUAGAUCACCCAAAAAUGAAAUUGUUGUCAUCAUUUACUCACCCUCGAGUUAUUUCAAACCUUUAUGAAUUUCUUUGUUCUGCUGAACUCAAGGUAUUUUGUUUGUAAUUUUUGUAACCAAACAGUUUUGGGGCACCACUGACUUCCAUAGUAUUUUUUCCUACAAUGGAAGUCAAUGGUGCUCUUGCUUCCGACUUGAUUACAAAUAUCUUCCUUUGGAACUUAUACAGGUUGGAAACAACUUGAGGGUGGCCUCACUCUAGAAGAGGCAGAGGGCCCAGGCAUAAGGAGCAGGGUCGAGCCGUCAGAGAACAGACCACUGAGCAGAAGGCCACAGACUCAGUGCCCCAUGGCACCUGUACGACUAUGUGCCCCGCUAAAGAAUUACGCCAAAGAGAGGCACAAAACAGACUGCACAGAUUUGAGAUGGUUCCUGGCACAGAGCAAGAUCGCUUGCCAUCUGCUGAUGUCUCACGUGCUGUCAAAGAGUAUUCCCGACCCGCUGCAGGAAAAGACUCCACGCGAGCCAGCGACCUUAGGCCUCCAUCUGUGCUUUUAAAGACGGCGUGUUACUUAGUUGAUGACAUCGCAGCUUCUGAUACAUUUCAGCCGUGGACUGAGGUCUACAGUUUUGUUUUCGACCGUCUGCGUAGUGUUCGGCAGGACAUGAUAAUCCAGCGUGUGUCCGGGCCAGAGUGUGUGACUGUGCUGGAGAAAACCGUACGGUUCCUCCUCUACGCCCCUUACCGGCUCUGUGGACAGCCACUUCAGCACUUUGAUCCCCGCAUCAAUGACACUCAUCUGCAGGAAACCUUGAGCUGGCUGCUGGAUUGCUACAAAGAAGGAAAACACCAACAUCAAGAGGAAUUCCAAGCCUUGAGUCUGCUGUAUAACCUGGGUUCAUCUCAUGCCAUGCAAUAUACACUUCAACUACCUGGGCGAAUACGCAGCUCUCCGGCAAUUCAGCUGGCUCUGGCCAUCAACCGGGCAAAUACAGAGCGCAACCCAGUUCGGUUCCUCCGGCUGGCCCAAAAACUGGACUUUAUGCAAGUGUGUGCCCUCCACAGACACCUCUUGUGCUGCAGGAGAGAUCUGCUCCUGUUGUACAGUCACGGGUACAACAGUCGCAACUGUCGCUACCCUCUCCAGAGACUGGCACGCCUCCUCUUUCUCAAAGAUCCGCUGGCUGCUGAGCUGUGCCAGGUGCAUGGCGUCAACAUCAGUGGAGAGUGGGUCAACUUCACCAAGAGCUCAUUCACCGAAAAUACAUCUGGGGACCUGCAGUGCAGACGUAUGCAUGAGCCAGAUGAUGACGAGAAGUGGAACUGUUCUUCUGCCAGUGUUAUUCAUGGCUGUGCCUGAAAUCAUCAGAUGGUGAAGGGAUCGUUUUAAUACCAACAUUUGUUUUUUACUUGUGGAAAUGUAUGCCAUGUUUUAAUUUGUAGUUGGUAAAGAAACCUGUGAUGUUUCAAUAAAGUUCUUAUGUAUAGAGGUUGUUUUAUGUGUGUAUAUAUAAUGUCUAAUGACUCUUGCAAUAAAUGAUUGUGG